CGUGCCUCCCGGUUCGGCUCCGGCGGGGCCUGCGGAGGGGGAGGGGGCUCGCUCGAUUCCCGUCGGGGCGUGUGGAUGCGCACAGGAGGGGCCGCUGACUAAAAAGUGGGUUUUAUUGUCUCCCCCCGCCCCCCGCCCGGCCUGGCCACGCCGCGGCGAUCAUGGCCGCGCGGGCAGCAGCGGCGGCGGCGGCGGCGGCGCGGGCGCGGGCGGGCAGCGGCGAGCGGCGGGCGCCUCCCGGGCCGCGGCCGGCGCCCGGGGCCCGGGACCUGGAGGCGGGGGCGCGCGGCGCGGCGGCGGCGGCACCGGGACCCAUGCUGGGGGGCGGCGGCGACGGCGGCGGCCUGAAUAAUGUGCACCACCACCCCCUGCACCCCCGUCACGAACUGAACAUGGCCCAUAACGCGAGCACGGCGGCCGCCGCCGCCAGCACGAACAGCGCCAAGAGCGGCGGCUCCGAGGCGGCUCUCAAGGAGGGUGGAAGCGCCGCCGCGCUGUCCUCCUCCUCCUCCGCGGCGGCGGCGGCGUCCUCCUCUUCCUCCUCGUCGGGCCCGGGCUCGGUUAUGGAGACGGGGCUGCUCCCCAACCACAAACUGAAAACCGUUGGCGAAGCCCCCGCCGCACCGCCCCACCAGCAGCACCACCACCACCACCAUGCCCACCACCACCACCACCAUGCCCACCACCUCCACCACCACCACCACGCACUACAGCAGCAGCUAAACCAGUUCCAGCAGCAGCAGCAGCAGCAGCAGCAGCAGCAGCAGCAGCAGCAGCAGCAGCAACAGCAGCAGCAGCAGCAGCAGCAGCAACAGCAGCAGCAGCAACAUCCCAUUUCCAACAACAACAGCCUCGGCGGCGCGGGCGGCGGCGCGGCUCAGCCGGGUCCCGACAUGGAGCAGCCGCAACAUGGAGGCGCCAAGGACAGUGCCGCGGGCAGCCAGGCCGACCCCCCGGGCCAGCCUCUGCUGAGCAAGCCGGGCGACGAGGACGACGCGCCGCCCAAGAUGGGGGAGCCGGCGGGCGGCCGGUUCGAGCACCCGGGCCUGGGCGCCCUGGGCGCGCAGCAGCCGCCGGUCGCCGUGCCCGGGGGCGGCGGCGGCGGUGGCGGCGGCGGCAGCGGCCCGGCAGCCGUCUCGGAGUUUAAUAAUUACUAUGGCAGCGCUGCCCCUGCUAGCGGCGGCCCCGGCGGCCGCACUGGGCCUUGCUUUGAUCAACAUGGCGGACAACAAAGCCCCGGGAUGGGGAUGAUGCACUCCGCCUCAGCCGCCGCCGGAGCCCCCAACAGCAUGGACCCCCUGCAGAACUCCCACGAAGGGUACCCCAACAGCCAGUACAACCAUUAUCCGGGCUACAGCAGGCCCAGCGCGGGCGGCGGCGGCGGCGGCGGCGGCGGCGGCGGAGGAGGAGGAGGAGGAGGAGGAGGCAGCGGAGGAGGAGGAGGAGGAGGAGGAGGAGCAGGAGCGGGAGCUGUGGCGGCGGCGGCCGCGGCGGCGGCGGCAGCAGCAGCAGGAGGCGGCGGCGGCGGCGGCGGCUAUGGGGGCUCGUCCUCGGGGUACGGGGUGCUGAGCUCCCCCCGGCAGCAGGGCGGCGGCAUGAUGAUGGGCCCCGGGGGCGGCGGGGCCGCGAGCCUCAGCAAGGCGGCCGCCGGCGCAGCGGCUGGGGGCUUCCAGCGCUUCGCCGGGCAGAACCAGCACCCGUCGGGGGCCACUCCGACCCUCAACCAGCUGCUCACCUCGCCCAGCCCCAUGAUGAGGAGCUACGGCGGCAGCUACCCCGACUACAGCAGCCCCAGCGCGCCACCGCCGCCGCCGCCGUCGCAGCCCCAGUCCCAGGCGGCGGCGGCGGGGGCGGCGGCGGGCGGCCAGCAGGCGGCCGCGGGCAUGGGCUUGGGCAAGGACAUGGGCGCCCAGUACGCCGCUGCCAGCCCGGCCUGGGCGGCCGCGCAACAAAGGAGCCACCCGGCGAUGAGCCCCGGCACCCCCGGCCCGACCAUGGGCAGAUCCCAGGGCAGCCCAAUGGAUCCCAUGGUGAUGAAGAGACCUCAGUUGUACGGGAUGGGCAGUAACCCUCAUUCUCAGCCUCAGCAGAGCAGCCCUUACCCAGGAGGCUCCUACGGCCCCCCAGGCCCACAGCGGUAUCCAAUCAGCAUCCAGGGUCGGACCCCCGGGGCCAUGGGAGGAAUGCAGUACCCACAGCAGCAGAUGCCCCCUCAGUACGGACAGCAGGGGGUGAGCGCCUACUGCCAGCAGGGCCAGCAGCCUUUCUACAACCAGCAGCCGCCGCCUCCGCACCUCCCCCCGCAGGCCCAGUACCUGCCGGCCCAGGCCCAGCAGAGGUACCCGCCGCAGCAGGACAUGUCUCAGGAAGGCUAUGGAACUAGGUCUCAACCUCCUUUGGCUCCUGGAAAACCUAACCAUGAAGACUUGAACUUGAUACAACAAGAAAGACCAUCAAGUUUACCAGUUGAAGUCUUGACCUCGGAGGAUACCGCCUUUGGACUCAAGGACCUGUCUGGCUCCAUCGAUGACCUCCCCACGGGAACGGAGGCAACUCUGAGCUCAGCAGUCAGUGCGUCUGGAUCCACGAGCAGCCAAGGGGAUCAGAGCAACCCGGCUCAGUCACCUUUCUCUCCACACGCAUCCCCCCAUCUCUCCAGCAUCCCUGGGGGCCCAUCGCCUUCUCCCGUCGGCUCUCCUGUGGGCAGCAACCAGUCCCGAUCUGGCCCGAUUUCUCCUGCUAGUAUUCCAGGCAGUCAGAUGCCUCCUCAGCCACCCGGGAGCCAGUCAGAAUCCAGCCCCCAUCCUGCCUUGAGCCAGUCACCAAUGUCACAGGAAAGAGGUUUUAUGGCAGGCACACAAAGAAACCCCCAGAUGUCUCAGUAUGGACCUCAACAGACAGGACCACCCAUGUCGCCUCAUCCUUCUCCUGGAGGCCAGAUGCAUCCCGGAAUCAGUAGCUUUCAGCAGAGUAACUCAAGUGGGACUUACGGUCCACAGAUGAGCCAGUAUGGACCACAAGGUAACUACUCCAGACCCCCAACGUAUAGCGGGGUGCCCAGUGCAAGCUACAGCGGCCCGGGGCCCGGCAUGGGCAUCAAUGCCAACAACCAGAUGCAUGGACAAGGGCCAAGCCAGCCAUGUGGUGCUAUGCCCCUGGGACGAAUGCCAUCAGCUGGGAUGCAGAACAGACCAUUUCCUGGAAAUAUGAGCAGCAUGACCCCCAGUUCUCCCGGCAUGUCUCAGCAGGGAGGGCCAGGAAUGGGGCCGCCAAUGCCAACCGUGAACCGUAAGGCACAGGAGGCAGCCGCCGCAGUGAUGCAGGCCGCUGCAAACUCGGCCCAGAGCAGGCAAGGCAGUUUUCCCGGCAUGAAUCAGAGUGGACUUAUGGCUUCCAGCUCUCCCUACAGCCAGCCCGUGAACAACAGCUCUGGGCUGAUGAACACCCAGGCACCCCCCUACAGCAUGACGCCCAACAUGGUGAACAGCUCAGCAGCAUCUAUGGGUCUUGCAGAUAUGAUGUCUCCCGGGGACUCCAAGCUGCCCGUGCCCCUCAAGGCCGACGGGAAAGAAGAAGGCACUCCGCAGCCCGAGAGCAAGUCGAAGGAUAGCUACAGCUCUCAGGGUAUUUCUCAGCCCCCAACCCCCGGCAACCUGCCAGUCCCUUCCCCAAUGUCCCCCAGCUCUGCUAGCAUCUCCUCAUUUCAUGGAGAUGAAAGCGAUAGCAUUAGCAGCCCAGGCUGGCCAAAGACUCCAUCAAGCCCUAAGUCCAGCUCUUCCACCACCACUGGGGAAAAGAUCACAAAGGUGUAUGAGUUGGGGAAUGAGCCAGAGAGAAAGCUAUGGGUCGACAGAUACCUCACCUUCAUGGAAGAGAGAGGCUCGCCCGUCUCGAGUCUGCCCGCCGUGGGCAAGAAGCCCUUGGACCUGUUCCGGCUCUACGUCUGCGUCAAAGAGAUCGGAGGUUUGGCACAGGUUAAUAAAAACAAGAAGUGGCGUGAGCUGGCAACCAACCUAAAUGUUGGCACUUCAAGCAGCGCGGCAAGCUCCCUGAAAAAGCAGUAUAUUCAGUACCUGUUUGCCUUUGAGUGCAAGAUAGAGCGUGGGGAGGAGCCCCCGCCGGAAGUCUUCAGCACGACGGACACCAAGAAGCAGCCCAAGCUCCAGCCGCCCUCUCCUGCUAACUCAGGAUCCUUGCAAGGUCCACAGACCCCCCAAUCCACUGGCAGUAACUCGAUGGCAGAAGUUCCAGGUGACCUGAAGCCCCCGACCCCAGCCUCCACCCCUCAUGGACAGAUGACCCCGAUGCAAGGUGGAAGAAGCAGCACGGUCAGUGUGCACGACCCGUUCUCUGACGCCAGCGACUCGUCGUUCCCGAAGCGGAACUCCAUGACUCCGAGCGCCCCCUACCAGCAGGGCUUGAGCAUGCCGGACGUGAUGGGAAGGAUGCCCUACGAACCCAACAAGGACCCCUUCGGUGGAAUGAGAAAAGUGCCUGGAAGUAGUGAGCCCUUUAUGACUCAAGGACAGAUGCCCACUAGCAGUAUGCAGGACAUGUAUAACCAAAGUCCCUCUGGAGCGAUGUCCAGUCUGGGCAUGGGGCAGCGGCAACAGUUUCCCUAUGGAGCCGGUUACGAUCGAAGGCAUGAACCUUACGGGCAGCAGUACCCAGGCCAAGGCCCUCCCUCAGGACAGCCGCCAUAUGGAGGACACCAGCCCGGCCUGUAUCCGCAGCAGCCGAAUUACAAACGCCAUAUGGACGGCAUGUACGGGCCUCCAGCCAAGCGGCACGAGGGAGACGUGUACAACAUGCAGUACGGCAGCCAGCAGCAGGAGCUGUACAACCAGUACGGGGGCUCCUACUCGGGCCCGGACAGGAGGCCCAUGCAGGGCCAGUAUCCGUACCCCUACAACAGGGAGCGGAUGCAGGGCCCAGCGCAGAUGCAGCCGCACGCCAUCCCGCCGCAGAUGAUGGGCGGCCCGAUGCAGUCGACCUCCAGCGAGGGGCCGCAGCAGAGCAUGUGGGCGACGCGCAACGACCUGCCUUACCCCUACCAGAGCCGGCAGGGCCCUGGCGGCCCCGGCCAGGCGCCGCCCUACCCAGGCAUGAACCGCACGGAUGAUAUGAUGGUACCCGAUCAAAGGAUCAACCACGAGAGCCAGUGGCCUUCUCACGUCAGCCAACGUCAGCCUUAUAUGUCCUCUCCCGCCUCCAUGCAGCCCAUCACGCGCCCGCCUCAGUCAUCCUACCAGACGCCGCCGUCACUGCCAAACCACGUCUCCAGAGCCCCCAGCCCCGCCUCCUUCCAGCGCUCCCUGGAGAGCCGCAUGUCCCCCAGCAAGUCUCCCUUUCUGCCCUCUCUGAAGAUGCAGAAGGUCCUGCCCACCGUCCCCACGGCCCAGGUCACGGGGCCGCCCCCCCAGCCGCCCCCCAUCCGAAGGGAGAUCACCUUUCCCCCUGGCUCCGUCGAGGCAUCACAGCCAGUCUUGAAACAAAGGCGAAAGAUUACCUCAAAAGAUAUCGUUACUCCUGAGGCCUGGCGUGUGAUGAUGUCCCUUAAGUCAGGUCUUCUGGCUGAAAGUACUUGGGCUCUGGACACUAUUAACAUCCUCCUAUAUGAUGACAGCACCGUCGCCACCUUCAGUCUCUCCCAGUUGUCCGGAUUUCUCGAACUUUUAGUAGAGUACUUUAGAAAAUGCCUAAUUGACAUUUUUGGGAUUCUUAUGGAAUAUGAAGUGGGUGACCCCAGCCAAAAAGCCCUUGACCACAGUGCGGUGAAGAGAGACGACAGCCAGUCGUGGGCCGACGAUUCCGGGAAAGAGGAGGAAGAGGCCGAGUGUGUCGAGGAGGAGGAGGCCGACGAGGAGGACGAUGAGGAGGACAGCGGGAAGACCGAGGCGGAGGAGAGCGGCGCGGCUCUGGCCUCUCCCAGCGCCCCCGCGGACGCCAAGGAGAAGCCCAGGCAAGCGAGUAAGUUCGACAAGCUGCCGAUAAAGAUCGUCAAGAAGAACAACCUGUUCGUGGUCGACCGGUCCGACAAGCUGGGCCGCGUGCAGGAGUUCAGCAGCGGGCUUCUGCACUGGCAGCUCGGCGGGGGCGACACCACCGAGCACAUCCAGACUCACUUUGAGAGCAAGAUGGAAAUCCCUCCUCGGCGGCGUCCGCCGCCCCCCGGGAGCUCCACGGGCAGGAAGAAAGAGCAGGAAGGCAGAGGCGAGGCUGACGAGCAGCAGGAGAAGAGCAUCAUCGCGACCAUCGAUGACGUCCUGUCCGCUCGGCCGGGGGCGCUGCCGGAAGACGCGCACCCCGGUACCCAGACCGAGAGCAGCAAGUUCCCCUUCGGGAUCCACCAAGCCAAAAGUCACCGGAACAUCAAGCUGCUGGAGGACGAGCCACGGAGCCGAGACGAGACUCCUCUCUGCACCAUCGCGCACUGGCAGGAUUCUCUGGCCAAGCGCUGUAUCUGUGUGUCGAAUAUUGUCCGUAGCUUGUCUUUUGUGCCUGGCAACGACGCCGAAAUGUCCAAACAUCCAGGCUUGGUGCUGAUCCUGGGGAAGCUGAUCCUUCUUCACCACGAGCAUCCGGAGAGAAAGCGAGCGCCGCAGACCUACGAGAAAGAGGAAGACGAGGACAAGGGGGUGGCCUGCAGCAAGGAUGAGUGGUGGUGGGACUGCCUGGAGGUCUUGAGGGAUAACACGCUGGUCACGUUGGCCAACAUUUCCGGGCAGCUAGACUUGUCUGCUUACACAGAAAGCAUCUGCUUGCCGAUUUUGGAUGGCUUGCUGCACUGGAUGGUUUGCCCGUCGGCAGAGGCACAAGACCCCUUUCCCACGGUGGGACCCAACUCUGUCCUGUCGCCUCAGAGACUUGUGCUGGAGACCCUCUGCAAACUCAGCAUCCAGGACAAUAACGUGGACCUGAUCUUGGCCACGCCUCCAUUUAGUCGUCAGGAGAAAUUCUAUGCUACGUUAGUUAGGUACGUGGGAGAUCGCAAAAACCCAGUCUGUCGAGAAAUGUCCAUGGCGCUCUUAUCGAACCUGGCCCAAGGGGACGCGCUGGCAGCACGGGCAAUAGCUGUGCAGAAGGGGAGCAUUGGAAACUUGAUAAGCUUCCUAGAGGACGGGGUCACCAUGGCCCAGUACCAGCAGAGCCAGCACAACCUCCUGCACAUGCAGCCCCCGCCUCUAGAACCACCAAGCGUGGACAUGAUGUGCAGGGCAGCAAAGGCUCUGCUGGCCAUGGCCAGGGUGGACGAGAACCGCUCGGAGUUCCUCCUGCACGAGGGCCGGUUGCUGGACAUCUCGAUAUCCGCCGUCCUGAACUCUCUGGUCGCGUCUGUCAUCUGUGACGUACUGUUUCAGAUCGGGCAGUUAUGACACCCGUGAGAAGGCAGCAUGUGUGCGUGAAGACUGGAGGCUCCCGUGUAACUGGCUGUUUUCUGUUCUUGUUUAUCCAGCGUAGGAAGAAGGAAAAGAAAAGCUCUGCUCCUCUGCCCCAUUCACUAUUUACCAAUUGGGAAUUAAAGAAAUAAUUAAUUC